AACUUAUAUUUAAUAGUCACUUUAAAUAAGAUGAAAUCUCAUUCUAAUAACAAACCAGUUAGUAUUCCAAUAAAAAACUCUUUAAUCGACCCAAGAAGUGAUGACUUAUUACUUAUCGUUAAAGAUCCUAAAAAGACUUCAGUUGAUUUACUCGAUAGUAACAAAAUCAAGUUCAUAUCUGAAGUCGUUGAUUUAAAGCAAUUAAAAGGCGAAUUUAAAUCAUUCGAAUCUCAAAGGAAUCUAUUCAGUCAACAUAAAUUAUUAGUUGACCAAAGAGUUUUACACUUAUUACCUAGAUUCAUUGGUAAACACGCUUUCAACAACUCAAAUAAACCAAUUCCUGUUGAUUUGGAAUCUAAAAACUUAAAAUCUCAUUUAGAAUCUAGAAUAAAUAGUUUACAUUUCACUCCAUCAAAAGGUGUUUGUCAGUCUAUUAAAUUUAGCACAACCGAACAGUCUCAUGAACAACAAUUAGAAAAUUUGAACUCUUGCAUCAACUACUUUAUAGAAAACAUAGAUUCUUUGGAAAACAUCAAAUCUAUUAACAUUAAAUUAUCAUCAUCAGAUUCUUUACCUAUUUAC